UAAAUUAAAAUCAUUCGAUUUUCCUUCACGGUUGAUAGAGUCGUCUGCGUUUACUCCUUCAACGGUCCAGAUCGGUCCACCGUGCAUCAACUUGACCAAAAUAGCCUCCGAAUCCAACCGUUAGAUACACAUAUGACCAAAUCCGACGAUCAUAAUCCAACUAACCCGCACAAAAAUCUCCGCCAAGCGACUGCCCGCACAAAAAUCUAACAUGAAUAAUCCUCCCAGCGACCGAGCCCCUUUUCCUAAUCUCCCCAGGCCAAAACCGAACAACUUCAACCAAAUCCCUCACCCUAACCCUAAAUAAGAACCAAAUUCCAAAGAACCCAAACCCUAAUCCCGCACCACAUCCAUGACUUCGGCCGGAGAGGACGAUCCCGCCGCCGGAGACGACGAAGUCACCGACAGCGAGGAAAUGAUCGGCAGCAGCGACCACAUCCAGCGGCAAAUCCCCAACUCCAGCGGAGGGGAAGAGUCGCGGCGGAUGUUCCAGAAGCUGUGGACUCACGCAGAUGAGAUGAAGGUCUUGCAGGGAUUCUUGGAGUUCACGUCGAAGAGAGGGACGACGCAUGCCAACUACCAGCACGACACGGGGCCCUUCUUCGAAGCGAUCCGGCCGCGGUUGCAGUUCGAUUUCAAUAAGAACCAGAUCGCGGAGAAGCUGCGUCGUCUCAAAAAGAAGUACCGCAACGCCGCCGCCAAGAUGGGAUCCGGCCGGGGAUUCGUCUUUAAGAGCCCUCACGACCGAGCUACCUUCGAGAUCUCACGUAACAUCUGGAGCUCCACGUUUUACCGCAAGCCGAAGAAUCGAACAAACCAGGAAGAUCGGAGCGGCGACGUCGCUGGAUCAGAGGAAGCGCUCGUUCCGGUGACUUUGGUCUCAUCCGCGUCAGCUUUGCCGCCAUCGCCGGCUGAGGAAGGAGGAUCUGUACCGCCUCCUGCUAAAGCUGAGGCAAUUGCAUCGGCGGCAGCGGCGGCGGGGCCGAGUGUUGAGGAGGAGGCAGUCAGGAUCUGCCUGGCGCCGUUGUUCAAGGAACUGGUGCAGUUCGCCGUGGCUGGAGUGACUGCGGCACCUCCGAUUGCGGUGUCGGUGGAGAAGGACGAGAGGUGGCGGCGGCAGCGGAUUCUGGAGCUGGAGCUUUACUUGAAGAGGAUGGAGCUUGUGGAGGAGUUGGUUAGGUCUUCGUUGGAGAAGCUUAAGUCGAUGGGGAGCUGAAUCCUUCGUAAGCUCGUCGUCCUCUUACACAGCUCUGAGAAGAAAUUGUAUGGAGUGAUUGGUGGAAGAAUUUUCUUUAUCUUAGUCGGAAAAAAGGUGAGGCCUUUUGGAGAAAUUUGUCUUCUUUUCUUGGUUCUCUCUUCUUAAAAUGCUCGAAGAUUCGAAUUUUUUUUUGAUGAGGAGAGGGAUAUGUACACGAGUAAAUCCUUUAUAAAAUUAUAUAAAUAAGAAAUGAUUGUUGUUGUUAAGCCUGUAAAAAGGCUACUUUUUUUAACGGGAUUUUAUGUUUCAAGUAA